AAUCGCCAAAAGAAAGGAACUAGCUAGAGAGGUGGCUAUAAAAUGACAACACAAAAAGAAACAUAUGAGAAGUUACUAGACACUCUUGAGUCCAUUUUUUUCCAGUUGAUGGCUUUUACAAUGGAUAAUACAUGCAUGGAAAAAAAUAGAAUGGCCGUAACUUUUUUUAGCACAUAAGCGCGAGAAAACGGCAGUUCGAAGCGUGCGACACCCAUGAUUUGAAUCGGAUGUGCCGUCGAAAGAGCAUGCACGGCAGACGGAAGAGGCAUGACGCCAUCUUCGCCAUGUUUUGAUGUCGUCAUCCCCCCUCGAACGCUGUUUCGCCGUACAGCACAAUAGCCCGUGUUUUUUAGCGAGUGUUUUUCUCUGGAUGCACAACGCACGUUCCGGGUGGUUCCUAGUGGCUUGGCCGGUCGCGGAUUCCCCAGCACCCUUCCGGUAGCUCGUCGAUUGCAUGUACACCGCGCGAGGCUGGAUAACCCUCGUCCUCGUAGAAGGUUUGCAGUACGUGAGCGCACGGACGUUUUCAUGUCCGAGGAAGUAGCCGCGGUGCGGGGGGGGUCCGCGAGCGUCGUCUACGCGGUGGUUGUAUCGUAGUGCGAAACAGAGGAAUCGAUCGGAUUGCUCGUCACCAUCGUCAGUUAGCACUGCCUCGCCGUUGAUUAUCCCAAUAGUUCGACUGACAGCAUCUGACGACGUUACCAUCAGCAGCGUGGUUACAUCACGCCACCCUGAGAAGGCGAAUCCAACGGAUCCUUCGGAUCCGAUCGAAACGGAUAGAGCGCCUUGCGUGCGUACGUACGUACGUACGUGUAUACGUGCGUGCGUGCGUGCGUGCGUGUGCGCGUGCAUUUUUUUUCCCCAUCUUCGUUUCGGAUACACGAAGAGGUGCGAGGAAAAGAAUUUGCCAGUAAAAUGGAGUUGCGUUUACACUCGCCAGCAGGAGCGGAACCAAUUGUGUAUCAAUGGCCUCUCACCUCUGGAUCAGGAUCAGAUCGUUUGGAUGGAGCAUUGGAUGUUAUCGAAACUAUGCGCUGGGUUUGCGAAGAUUUGCCUGAUCUGAAAUUACCUUUAGAGAAUAAUAUUUUUUCCGACUAUAAUCCGAAGAAUUAUGAAAGUAUGAAAAGCUUAUGUGACAAAUUCAACAGAGCCAUCGAUAGUUUAGUACAAUUGGAAAAAGGCACCAGUUUACCAUCCCAGAGGCUAAAUAAAAGACCUAGUAGAGGUUUACUUCGUCAUAUACUUCAACAAACUUAUAAUCAAGCUGUGGUUGAACCAGAUAAGUUGAAUCAAUAUGAGCCAUUUUCACCAGAGGUCUACGGCGAAACGAGUUACGACCUUGUAUGUCAGAUGAUCGAUCAAGUACGUGUGACGGAGGACGAUGUCUUUGUUGAUUUAGGUUCCGGAGUUGGUCAAGUCGUUCUGCAAAUGGCGGCGUUGACUUUAUGCAAAAUUUGUAUUGGUGUAGAGAGGGCUGAGGUACCAUCUACAUAUGCACAGAGCAUGGAAAUAAAUUUUCGAAAAUGGUUAAACUGGUACGGAAAACGAUGCGGCGAAUAUCGUUUAAUCAAGGGAGACUUUCUAGUGGACGAACAUCGUGAAAGUAUUACCGGAGCUACGAUAGUGUUUGUUAAUAAUUUUGCGUUUGGUCCAACAGUCGAUCAUCAGUUGAAGGAACGAUUUGCUGAUUUACGCGAUGGCGCUCGUAUAGUAUCCUCGAAGUCGUUCUGUCCGUUAAACUUUCGAAUAACGGACAGAAAUCUAAGUGAUAUCGGCACAAUAAUGCAUGUCUCAGAAAUGUCACCGUUAAAAGGCUCCGUUUCUUGGACUGGUAAGCCGGUGUCGUAUUAUUUGCACGUAAUCGAUCGAACUAAAUUAGAACGUUACUUCCACCGCUUGAAGAACAAUAAACAAGGUGGCUUAGAUGAAAACUCUGAUUCUGUGAUAAGUAACACUGCCAGCAAUAGUAGUAAGGUUUCUAAUAGGAAUGACAGAGCUGACAGAGCCAAGAGAGACCUUUCGAGGCAAUUAGACAGUCCGAACAAUUCGGAGCAGCAAGGAACGAAUAGCGAUUCUGAUCUCGAUGAUACCACCAUCAAGAGUCGUCGACAGUCGAACAAAAUUCGGCGGAAGUUCAAUAGAAAAACUACGAAUGGCAUUACGAGGGCCCCGGCCAGAGGUAGACAGAGAGGAAGGGGUGUCAAGAGAGCCAAGCCGAAAAAGGCGAUCAAUAUAUCUGGUCUCGACUUGUUGCACAGUCAAACUUUGCUUAGCACGUCACCUCAAGCUCUUGGGAAGAAGCCUCCACCUGCUCCUGGUUGUGUAGAUCAACAACUGUCUUCGCUGUCGCUUUCUUUGCAGUCGCAUUCCACCUCGGUGCACGAGGAACUCAGUAUACCACCCGCUCCGUCCGCAACUCCUUACGCUCUACAAAUACUCCUGGACUUGUACAGGGACCAAUUCAUGCUUAUGUUAGAAUCAAUGAGAAUGCCGACUUACAAAGUAUCCGUCAAUACGGAUAUCGCGAAAGAAAGGGAAAGGAACUCCAAGCUCCAGUCGAGAGCGGCGCAAUUGGAGAAGCAGAUCAAAGUCUUGAUAGACGAUAGCGUAGCUCUCUUAAAAGCUAGAAUGACUGAAUUAGGUAUCAAUGCUACGUCGCCGGGUGAUCUAUUAGCGAAAGCCAAAGAGAUAGUUCUGAGACACAAACAGCUGCAGGCUAAAGCGAGCAAGUUGCAAGCGCAAGUGGCGUCUAUGGAAACUGAACAGAGCAGAUUGGUGGCGCUCAGACAUCAAGAGUUGCAGGAGAAAUAUAACGGACACGCGAACGCAAACGGCAUGACAAAUCCACCUCAAUCGCUCACUCAGGAUUACAUAUUGAAAGAAAUUUCCGCCACCUUGUCUCAGCGUAAACGAUUACAUUCUCAAGUUUCGAAAUUGGAACACGAGUUAAACGUGUUGGAGAGAACGAGCAACGAAAAGCAGGUAGUAGCCGCCAUUGCUCAGCAACAGAGAGACGCGAUAGGAAGCAAGCACUCGCAAAACUUACACCAACAGCCGGGUAGUAAGAACGGAGCAUCGCGAAAAAGUAGGGAAGGCCGCUCGAGGUCGCAGGAAUGGCCCGACGUUCCGGAUAUAGGCAAGAUACAAGAGAAUAAUCCGGAAAUAUUGGCGCAAAAGAUUUUGGAAACGGGAAGGCAAAUAGAGGCGGGUCGCAUUCCGAGCAGACAGAGCGCGAAUAGCAAUAGUAAUUCCCGAACCAGACUGUCGCAGGCGUCCCUUAGCUUCUCCACCACAUCAUCCUCCAUUUCGUCCACGCAAUCGCAGAUGACCAAUAAGGACGCGUCGAGUAGAACUCAGGAGCCGCCGAGGGUCGCGAAUUUUGAGGACAGACUGAAAAGCAUCAUCACGAGUGUGCUGAACGAGGAUCAGCAAAACAGGAAUAAGCAACAGCAGAUGCAGUUGCAAUUACAAAACCAGUCGGAAUCCGAGAGAAAACGCAUUCCGUUGCCGCAGAAUGUUUCCACCCCGGAUUACACUCAGGUUUCACCCGCGAAGCUAGCGCUUCGCCGUCAUCUCUCGCAAGAACGCCUCUCGUCGUCUCAUUUGACAUCGUCCGACAGAUCGGCAGUCGAUUCCAGACAAUCACUGAGUCACGACAAUCGGCUUGUGGCGAGCGGCAGCGGGUUGCUCGGCACGAGAACGAUUGGCGAUCUCGUGAGCGGGGAAAUAGAGAGAACGCUCGAGAUAUCCAAUCAGUCUAUAAUAAACGCCGCCGUUGAUAUCAGCACGAUGAUGAGACCCGAAACUGUGUACUCGCCUAUCAGUAGGCCGGCGAGUGCCGAAGGUGACGCGGGUCUGUCGACUUUGGCGCAUGUGGCUAGUUACGCGCCCACUUCUUCGGGAGCCUCCACCUCCACACCGACGACUAGCUCAAGAUCAUCUGUGCUCUUCACUCCGGUUACGCAAUCACAAAGGUAUACACCGGUUCAACUGCCGCGAGCGGAUAUCAAACCUUAUCACGAGUCCUAUUUCUCGGAUCCUUCUCAGUCGCUCACGCAGCCCCAUCCGGCGACACCGCCUCUGCAUUCGUCUCAGAGCGCGUCAAACGGGGAAUUGUUACCCGUAGAGGGGCUCGCGGCGUCAUUGCACGCUCGAAUACUGAAUAAUCACAAUAAUAACGGCAAAACCGAGUCGACGCUUUCCAGCAGAAGAUUUCAGCCGUAUCCGCGAUACACUACAAACAGUAAUAGUAGCGGCGGCGCAACAACAAGCGGCACUGCGAUCUGUCAAUCGCAACCGACGAUGUCGGUGAAAACGGAAGCGGUUGUGUCGUCGGUGAGCACUAGCGGAGCGCCGCUGAGUCCUCUCGUGGAACCGCAUUCCAAUACAUCGACGCCGCUAGUCGACGAACCACAAAUGACAACGCAGAGGCAGCGAAGCGCUGUGGGGGACGACGAUGGAGAAGCUGAUUGGCAAGAUCGCAUUAGCUCAGGGUUUGAUCGUUUGGUCGCAUUUGCUUCUACAGAAUUGGAUAAACGUAGACGAUCAACGGAAGGUGUGAACACAAGCCCUGACAGUGGAUUAGGUUCAGAUAGCGCGGUAACGGGACCGCCACCCGUAGUUCCUUCACCCGACGAAGCUUUAGGACCACCGAGAACACCCUCCCCGACUAGUCCCCGUCCUGCGAAUCCAUCCAGCAAUAAUCCUUCGAGCGGCACAUCCUCCUCGGUACCUCUGAAAUAUCAACGACAGUCAGAUCCCGAACGACAUCACUUUAAGAAGAAGUUCUUUCAUCGCGAUUGGAAUAAUUCCGCAAGUACUAGCAAGUUUCGUCCGAAAGGCAAAGAUUGGGAUUGGAAUCAUUCCGGGCAGUGGCCUCCGAAUGACGAACAGUCCUAAUUGUAAUAAUUUUUUAUAAUUGAAAAACUCGAAAAUGAUAAAAAAAAAAAUAAUUUUCCUUGCUUUCUGUGAGAGAUGAAGGCGCUCGUUUUAAUUUCACACUUAUUAUUAUAUUAUUAAUUAGAUUUGUUUUUGUUUUGUUAUUUAUAAUAAUACUCUUGCGUAAUAUAUUUAAUUAUUAGCAUAUUUAAUCGUGGAACACAAUAACAUACAGUUCACAAUAUGCACGCGAAAGAGGUAUUUUGUAUAAUUUCCAAACUUAACGAAAACAAGAAAAGCAGAGUGCGCCUAUGUGAGUGCUUGAACUUGAAAUCGAUACUGACAAAUGCUUGUGGUUCACGUAGCAUAAAAUUUGUAUUAUAAUGAAUGUAGUUACAAGACUAUAAUUAAUAAGAUAGCUAACGGAUUCAUGGAUUCAAGUCUGUACGCUUAAGGUUGUAAAACUGUUAACAUUUAUGCAUAUUGAGAGGAAUUUACAGAUCUUGAAAGAAAAUUAUCAAACAUUGUCAUUGACAUAGCACUUUAAUUUAUUAUUAUGAUUUUUUUAAAUCAGAUUUUCGCGAGGCUUUAUGAAUAAUUAUUAAAAAUUCGGUCUCCUCCGAUAUGAUUAUACAACAUUGUUGGGAUUGGUACACCAUGUCUGUGUAUAAUAGAUUCAAAGGUUUCGUAAUCUACGCCUAUAUAUAUAUAGUAUGUAUACACACACACACACAACACAACACACACAAACACAUACUCACACGCGCGCGCGCGCACACACACUCAAAUGCAUAUACAUACAUGAAAUGGUUAUUGCACAUUGAACACAUUAGGGAAAUAUGUUAUAGAAACUGACCUUGUAUUAUAAUGGGUGUACGUAUGUGUGUAUGUAUAUAUGUUGUAUGUAUGAUCGUACGUACUACAGGCGUAAUUACAGUGGACCGAUCGGAACAAUUGGCAUUCGAGGAAAGAGAGAGGAAAAAGCAAGCCAGCAAAACCUCUGUGUGUUCGUAGCAAAUAUUUGCUGCAAAUUUUAUAUGCGGCUAUAUCUUCCACCGUCUCUGGAAGAUGUAUACCUAAGUGUUCACUCUGUGGCUCAUAGAGUUAUGGCAACGGACCGCGAAAAAAAAAAAUAGUCACUCAAAAUACAUUUUGUGUAUUUUGAGGCGGGAAGUUGAAAGCGAAUUUGUUUUCGGUACGUAUCUAUAUACAUCGUUGUACAAUUGUAUGCGAAAUAUCCAAAGAAUUGCAGUUGCGAGUCAGUUUACAAAGUUUUAAGUGAUGCACCCGUAUUGGGCAUCGCAACAUGGUUUUUGGUGCUGCGAGAUGAAUUCAGUACAUCAAGUAAACAUCAAGUAAACAUCAAUUAGUAGUAUUUCAAGUCGAUGCUUUAUAAAAGCGAUUUUUUUGUGUGUAUAAAGGUCCUUUCUUAUGUUGCCGCUGCGUUAUUCUGACCAUAUAUAUGUAUAUGUGUAUGCAUAUAUACACACAUAUACAUAUAUGGUUCCGUACAUAUAUAAUCAUAUAGAUAUGAUCAUAUAUGUAUAAAAUAUUAUCACGUUAGACUGUGAAAAAUUAGUUAUCGUAUUAUUUAAUAUAUCCCUUAUACGUCAAUAUACAUUUAUAGUUAUAACAAGUAUUUGCCAACUAAAUACACUGCCGAAUCUUCUAUCGAUUAAUUUUAUUAUUGAUCACAACUAUUAUUUAUUGUUUUUAUUGAAAUAUUUUAAUACUAUUACUAUUUGUAACAAGUAAAGAGUAUUUCUCUUUUAAUUCUACCUUCCCGCACUUGACAGUUUUCUAAUUUAAAUAACAUGAAUGAAUAAUUUGUUUUCGAAUAAUUAGGGUAAUUGUCGUUUUCUUCUCUACCAAGAUAAAUUUAUGCAGCACGGUUUAUCGAUAUGUAGUGAGUGAUGGAUUUUGUUACCGGUCGUAAUUUUGGAAUUCAAAAAAAAUCAAAUUGUUAUAAAUUAAAAUCGAGUGUUUGCGACUGUUAUCGAUA